AUGGACCCGCAGAAUCAACCCCCGUGGCGUGCGCGACCGGCCCACCGGAAGCCUGCGUCUACCAUCCCGAGCAAACGCUCCGCCGACACGCAAGAGGAAGAAUGGGUCGCCGGCGAGGAUCGUUUUGUUCUGCAGCAAGCGAAGAAAAAGGCCGCCAUACGAGUGAAGGGUGGCCGUGCAAAGCCUAUCGACUGGCUCGCGGUGACUCUCCGCGUCAUUGACGGCACUCAGGACGUCUUGGACGAGGAUGACGACACCGAGCUGGACAUUGUCGACCCCGAGGGCGUGCUCGAAUCCCUGGACGAGAAGCAGAUGGAGGAGCUGGAGAACGACAUCGAUACCUAUCUGACGCUCGAAACCGACAGGAAGAACAAGGAAUUCUGGCAGACUAUGAAGGUCAUCUGCAAAGACCGCCGCCAGAAAUCCAAAUCUUCCGGCCGAGAGGCUCGUGGUGUCAGUUCGGUCGCCGGCGACGUUGACCGCCUCCUUAGCCCGAAAUCGCUCGAAGAGCUCGAGGCGCUCGAGAGGCAGAUCCGGAGAAAGCUCGACUCGAACGAACCCAUCGACGUUGAUUACUGGGAACACCUCCUGAAGAGUCUUCUUGUGUGGAAAGCCAAGGCGAAGCUAAGACGCUUGUCUCAGACCAUCAUCAACAGCCGGCUGCAGGGGUUGCGCAAGCAACAGGAGCAAGAGGCACUCGUAGUGCAGGACAAGUUGCGAGGGAUUCUGGGCUCAAACUCGACGUCCCAGUCUUCUGUGGCAUACACACAGGCGAUGGAUCCGGAGCCUUUCUUGAAACUGCGCUCGGAAGAUAAGGCGCUUGAGUCGGUUGAUGAGAAGGCCUUCCUGGACAAAAUUGCCGAAGAUCGACGCAAGGUCUUGAAGCUGGGAUAUGUUCCCUUCAAGCAGUCUGGCCCCGACAAAGCUGCUCCCACGAUACAGGCCAAACCAACGGAUACGGGAAGCGCGGCAGGCGUCUCCAGGUUCGCCGCACGAGACGAGGAUUUUUCACAUGCUACUCAAACGCUGUACGAGCGCGAGGUUGCUCGCGGGGUCAGUGAAAACGAGGAGAUUUUCAACGGCGAAGAGGAGGUCAUCACACCAAACAAGUCGCGGUGGGCGGACAAGUACCGGCCGCGCAAGCCACGCUAUUUCAACCGGGUGCAGAUGGGGUAUGAGUGGAACAAAUACAACCAGACGCACUACGACCACGACAAUCCUCCGCCCAAGGUUGUACAGGGCUACAAGUUCAACAUCUUCUACCCUGACCUGAUCGACAAGACCAAAGCACCGACGUACCGCAUCGAACGGGAGAAUGGGCGGAAGCGCGGCCAGUCAUUCGCGCCAGCUGGCGAAGAAGACACAUGCUUGAUCCGCUUCAUUGCCGGACCGCCGUACGAAGACAUUGCAUUUCGAAUCGUUGACAAGGAGUGGGAUUACAGCGCCAAACGGGAGCGAGGGUUCAAGAGCAGCUUCGACAAAGGAAUCCUGCAGCUUCACUUUCAGUUCAAGAAGAUUUACUACCGUAAAUGA